GCGCCGCCCACUUGCUGUAGUAUCGGAAGGAGGGUCUCCAUCCUGGGCGGGGCCAGGCCAGUGCACAUGCGCAUGCUCAGGAGCCUUCUCCCUCGCAGAGCUACAGCAAUCUCCAUGCUUUCACAGCCAGUGCUGUGGUCCUGGCCUGUACCCACUACCCCUAGGGCCCCACCAGGCUUAACACCCGGGGUGGGGUAGGGAGGCUCUAGGGAGUACCACAACCUUGCCUGUUGGGUAUUUAUUUCACUAUGGCGAUAAGCUAUACCAGGAAGGGAACAUCCAGCCCUGAUCAAACAGAGCCCAAGCAUCAGCAACAGUACCAGAUCCCAAGGGUCUUAUGGGACCCAAGGGAUUAAAGGGAUGGAAAGACACUUAAUUCUGCCUGGCUCUCUGCUAGGUCAGGGCUACUUCUAGUGAUCACUGUACCAUGACGCAUCUGUUAGAGUGCCAGGCACACUGUGGUCUUUAUGAAAAGUGUUGGGAUAACAGGCCCUUCGAAGAUCUAGGAUUCAUUGGCGAAAGUAUUCCUCUGCUCGCUACUGCCAUCUGCUAGAAAGUUUGCAGCAGCCGCGGAAGUAUCGCCUCCACCCCAAAUCUAUGCCGUUAAAUUGCUGCAGGAUGAACAGCGCCCCUAGCGGUGAUCUGUGCACAAACAGCUACAUCUUCUGCUACUGGGAAAUUCAUCCCUUUCUGGCCCAGGUCUCCUCCUCCUUUCCACCCGCAGCUCCUCCCCCCCUCUUCCUGUGGUUGGAACAGGGGUCUGCUCACCAGGGAUCUGGAAAAGCAAUGUCUUGAGGUAUCAGAGGAACCUGGUCUGGCCUCCCUCACCAAGAAGAUGCUCUGUCACUGUAGAGGUAACGGGUGCCCCAGAAGCAGGGUUCAAGGGCUGCCCCACAGAGCUCUCACAGUUAGAAGCCAAGUCCACAUUGCAGACUCCUCCAGCCCCACUAUGGGGCGGAGCCACUCUUCUCGUUCUCCCCAUCCGUGCUCUGCUGGCUACUCACCGAUGGUGGCCGAGAUGGCAAGGUAGGAAAUGGUGGUCCAGAAAAUGGCCAUGAGUGUUCCCUUGGGAAUAGCGACAGCAGGGUCCUGGGGGAGGGCAUGGUAUUAUCAGGCAGCCUGUGGGAUGGAUCCCCUUGGGCCUCAGUGCCUUGGUGGGGUGAGCAGCAGACCCUGACCUUGGACCCUCAGAAUCUGUCCAGCCCUGGAAGAAGAGGGUCCACCACUGAGGACCUACAAGAUGGCCGUCACUCUGGGAUCCCAGGGUUGAAGGUGAGAAACCUUAUCAGCGCCGUAUUACACCCAGAGGACCCAUGUUAGGGCUCACUGGUGGUUGUGGGGGGAGGGGAGCUCAUGCUGGCUCUCCAUCUCAGACUCACCCGCGGCAGCUGGCUUCAGCUAGAAAUGAAGCCAGGGCCCAGACGCUCUUUGCCUAGCUCUAUGUGCCACAGAAAAUCACCAUUAGCUUUUAGUCUGGCUCUCCGAGUCAGAAGACAUCCCCCCAAGCAUUCUCCUGCUCUGAGAAAGAUUUUUCCCAACUGUCACGACGCCCAUUUCCCACUCCCUACGCCCACCCCCACAGAUCAUAGCCUUCUCCUCCCCUGCGCUCUCUCAAACACAAUUUCCCGAGAUAUGGCCUGUACAAUCCCACCCAGCUAGUGAGGAAUUGAGGGUGGUGGGAUGUGAGGAGGACGGCUUUACAGAGCUUCAGGUGCAGUCCUGACCCACAGACCCACAGCCUCAGACCCCGGGAGCUGGUUCCUGCCCAGCCGCACAGGCUACUUUUCCUCAGCAACCUCAAUGACUGCUCCACUCCUGAGGCCCAGACCCAACCCAGGGGGAAGGCCAAGUCUGCCAUGAACUAACUGUCUGCAAACCUUCCAGUGCCCCGGGAAGCCCAGCAGACAGAUCACAGUGUGAAACGAAGGUUAACAGACUGGAGAGGGAUAAAAGCAGAGCCCCACAGUGGAAGGAGGCUGCAACCUGGGGAGACCUGAAUCUGCCGGGGUCUCUGUCUGGGGAUCCUAUGACCCUAGCCUUGCUAGCGAUGCUCAGUGAUCUGAGUUGUGUGCAGUGAGGUCCUGGCCCCAAUUCCAAAAGGCCAUAGCCACUAAGUGUGGAACUGUUGGGGUUUCUCACUCCAGAGGGUUUCUCAGGCCUGAGCUGUGCUGUGCUGUGCUGUACUGAGCGUUCUCUGACCUCCUCUAUACACCUCCACCCAGAACCUCAGAACACGCCCUUAUUUGAAAAGACGUCAUUGGAGGGGUAAGUAGAGAUGAGGUCAUUCUUAAAGGGAGCAGGGACUCCCUGAGUGACUGAAAUCUUGAGUGACUGUGUCAAGGACUCCGAGGCCUUAGCCCCAAGAGAGUGACAGAGCCUUACCCUGGUGACAAAGCUUUACUUGGGAGUCUAAGUGAGUGACUCGUGUAUACAAAGACCGGUAGCGUCUGAAGCUUCUCCCUCCUCUGGGAUGCCUACAGCCUGAGAUUCUCACCUACAGAGACUUCCUACCAAGCUAGUAACCUCUCCCCUGUGCUGGACUUAAAUAUGCAGUGGAGAGAUUCUGGUGGCUGGCGGUAGGAGGUGUGUGCUCCAUUGGACCCAGACUCCAGUGUCCCUGUCCAUGUGUCUGUCCUUCCUUUGUUCCCUCGCUGACCCUAGUCAGGGUUCCCAGACCCAAUCACAGCUGGUCACGCUACAUGCUGGAUUAGAGGGAGCCUCAGCUGAUGACUGGUGUCCUAUUAGAAGAAGGAGCAUAAAGAUGUCCCCCAUUGUUAGAAUGACAGGUUAAAAUGACCGCCAGUUCAGGGCGGCAUUGUCAGGAUGCCACACAGCUAGGACAAAGCUAGAAAGGACCAUCCCCAGACUUUUAGAGGGGCAUAGUUGUCAAUGCCUUCUCUGAGGUUUCCAGUCUCCUGAGCAGGGAGAUGUAGAUUUAAAGGCCUCUGGUUUGUGGGGACCAUGUAGCCACAGGGAGAACAUCUAGCCCUCAGCCUCUACUUGCACCCCUAUCUUGGUCUGAGGGUGGCUCGCAAAUCUAGCCCAUCUCUUCCUAGCCAGGUGUUCUGGGAGGCCCCCCGGCAUCUCUGAGACUCAGUUUCCCCACCUGGUGAAAUGGGCUCAUAAAUGGUGUGGAUGGGGACGGACCAUGCCAUGCUCUCUGCAUUCCUGGGCAGCUCAGUGUUAUAUGGGCUCCGAUCUGCAGAACCCACACAGAGCUCAGCACGGAAGCUCGCAUCUGUAAUCCUAGGGCUCCCACGGCCAGAUGGGAGUCAGGGACGAGAGAAGUUCCAGCUUAUGAGCCAGCUAGCCCGGUGUGUGCCAGAGUAGACAGUGAAGCAGCCCUGUCUCAAACAAGGUGGGAGGUAGACAGGGCCGCCCAAGGUCAUCCCCUGAAUUCUAUUACAGAUACCUUCCUUAAGUUUACACGUAUGAGCCCCACACAUCAUAUGUACACAAAAUAUGCGAAGGCCUAUAAAAUGGGGUCAGUGAUACAGCUCAGUGGGUAGAGCGCUUGUACUGACCCUAAUAACCUGAGUUUGAUUCCCAGAUCCCGUGAAGGAAUGGGAAAACAAAUUCCUAGAAGUUAUCUUCCCACCUCUGUAUCCGUGUGUUGUGGCAUGUGCCCAUCUGCACUUAUACCUGUACACCACACACAUGUGCACAUCUGCACUCAUACAUGCACACCACGCACAUGUGCCCAUCUGCACUCAUACAUGCACACCACACACAUGUGCACACCUGCACUCAUACAUGCACACCACGCACAUGUGCCCAUCUGCACUUAUACCUGUACACUACGCACAUGUGCCCAUCUGCACUCAUACCUGUACACUACGCACAUGUGCACAUCUGCACCCAUACAUGCACACCACGCACAUGUGUCCAUCUGCACUUAUACCUGUACACCACACACAUGUGUACAUCUGCACUCAUACAUGCACACCACGCACAUGUGCCCAUCUGCACUUAUACCUGUACACUACGCACAUAUACACACCUGCACUCAUACCUGUACACCACACACAUGUGCACACCUGCACUCAUACAUGCACACCUCGCACAUGUGCCCAUCUGCACUCAUACCUGUACACCACGCACAUGUGCCCAUCUGCACUCAUACAUGCACACCACGCACAUGUGCACAUCUGCACUCAUACCUGUACACCACGCACAUGUGCCCAUCUGCACUCAUACAUGCACACCACGCACAUGUACCCAUCUGCACUCAUACAUGCACACCACGCACAUGUGCCCAUCUGCACUUAUACCUGUACACCACACACAUGUGCACACCUGCACUCAUACAUGCACACCACGCACAUGUGCCCAUCUGCACUCAUACCUGUACACCACGCACAUGUGCCCAUCUGCACUCAUACAUGCACACCACGCACAUGUGCCCAUCUGCACUUAUACCUGUACACUACGCACAUGUGCACAUCUGCACUCAUACAUGCACACCAUGCACACAUAGUAAUCGUUUUUCAAAUAGCGUUAAGUGGGACCUCUCUAAGCUUUCACUGUGUGGCCCCUCACCGUUGCGUGGUCAUUGUCACGCCUCUGGUUCUGGGCUUGCGUGAUAAGAACAGGGCACAGAUGACAGCCCUCCCUGCUCUCACAGUCUCUGCUCUAAGUGCUUAACAAGAAUCAGCCCUCCGAGUCCACACCUGCUGUAUGAGGCUCACUUCACAGCUGAGGAAGCUGAGGCUUACAGAGAUUGCUCAAGAGUCCCACAGGAAGGGCGGAGCCAAGUCCAAGAGCCAACUUAAGGCCUGAGGACAGAGGGCACUGCACGCCACCAUACCAGGCUCUUGGAUAGCUUCUGGCCCUGAUGCUGGGCACUGGGGAGAGAAGCUUGAUGACUGUCAUGGUUUGUAUGUGCUUGUCCCCGGGAGUGGCACUAUUAGGAGGUAUGGCCUUGUUGGAGAAGGUGUGUCGUUGUGGCAUGGGCUUUAAGACCCUAGUUCCCUGGAAGCCAGUCUUCUCCUAGCAGCCUUCAGAUGAAGAUGUAGAACCCUCAGCUCCCCCUGCACCAUGCCUGCCUGGAUGCUGUCAUGAUCCUGCUUUGAUGAUAAUGAACUGAACCUCUGAUCCUGUAAACCAGUCCCAAUUAAAUGUUGUCCUUAUAAGAGUUGUCUUGGGGAGUUGGAGAGAUGGCUCAGCGGUUAAGAGCACUGACUGCCCUUCCAGAGGUCCUGAGUUCAAUUCCCAGCAACCACAUGGUGGCUCACAACCAUCUGUAAUGAGAUUUGACUCUCUGCUGGUCUCUGAAGAGAGUGAUGGUGUACUCACAUACAUAAAAUAA